CACCCACCCCAGAUGCCGCCUGGCACCGAGCGCAGCCGCCGCCGCCGCCGUACUUUCCACUUGUAUUGAUCACUCCUAGCUCGGCUCAGCCUGCUCCCGGAGCGCAGCGCGGCCAGCGCGCCAGCCCUUGGCAGCUCCGGCACAGUCGGGCUCCCAGAGGAAACUCCUUGGGAGCGCCCUGUCCGGGGUGUCCUCUGCGCUCUGCAGUGUCUUUCUGUCUGCCUGGAAGGAGGAGGAGGAGAAGGAGGAGGAGGAAGAGCAGAAGGAGGAGGAGGAGGAGGUGGAGGAGGAGGAGGACGUCGUCUGGUCCCGGUUGGGAGGUGGAGCAGCGGCAGCAGCAGCCGCCGAGGCAGCCGCCGCCGCCGCCUCCGGAAAGGGAGAGGCAGGAGAGAUUGGGACUUGGAAACCCCAAAGUGUCGGCGACCCUGCACAGCAGGCUUCCUUCCAGCUUCAUGGGCAAAGUGUGGAAACAGCAGAUGUACCCUCAGUACGCCACCUACUAUUACCCCCAGUAUCUGCAAGCCAAGCAGUCUUUGGUCCCAGCGCACCCCAUGGCCCCUCCCAGUCCCAGCACCACCAGCAGUAAUAACAACAGUAGCAGCAGUAGCAACUCAGGAUGGGAUCAGCUGAGCAAGACAAACCUCUACAUCCGAGGCCUGCCCCCCAACACCACUGAUCAAGACCUGGUGAAGCUCUGUCAACCAUAUGGGAAAAUCGUCUCCACAAAGGCGAUUUUGGAUAAGACAACCAACAAGUGCAAAGGUUAUGGUUUUGUUGACUUCGACAGUCCUGCGGCGGCCCAGAAAGCUGUCUCUGCCCUGAAGGCUAGUGGAGUCCAAGCUCAGAUGGCAAAGCAACAGGAACAAGAUCCUACCAACCUGUACAUUUCUAACCUGCCGUUGUCCAUGGACGAGCAAGAACUUGAAAAUAUGCUCAAACCCUUUGGACAAGUGAUUUCCACAAGGGUCCUGCGGGAUUCCAGUGGUACCAGCCGUGGUGUUGGCUUUGCCAGGAUGGAAUCGACAGAAAAAUGCGAAGCUGUAAUUGGUCAUUUUAAUGGAAAGUUCAUUAAGACCCCACCAGGAGUUUCUGCUCCCACAGAGCCGUUACUGUGCAAGUUUGCCGACGGAGGGCAGAAGAAGAGGCAGAACCCAAACAAGUACAUCCCUAAUGGGCGGCCGUGGCACAGAGAAGGAGAGGCUGGAAUGACACUCACUUAUGACCCGACCACAGCUGCUCUACAUAACGGAUUUUAUCCUUCACCAUACAGUAUUGCCACAAACCGAAUGAUCAGUCAGACUUCUCUUACACCCUAUAUUGCAUCUCCUGUGUCUGCCUACCAGGUGCAAAGUCCUUCUUGGAUGCAACCUCAACCAUACAUCCUACAGCAUCAUGGUGCCGUGUUAACUCCCUCAAUGGAACACACCAUGUCACUACAGCCUGCUUCUAUGAUCAGCCCUCUGGCCCAGCAAAUGAGUCAUCUGUCACUAGGCAGCACCGGAACAUACAUGCCUGCCACGUCAGCCAUGCAAGGAGCCUACUUACCACAGUAUACACACAUGCAGACAGCAGCGGUUCCCGUGGAGGAAGCAAGUGGCCAGCAGCAGGUGGCUGUGGAGACAACUAAUGACCAUUCUCCAUACACCUUCCAACCCAAUAAGUAACUGUGAGAUGGACCAAAGGGUGUUCUUACAUGAAGAAGGGUGUGAAGGCUGAACAAUCAUGGAUUUUUCUGAUCAAUUGUGCUUUAGGAAAUUAUUGACAGUUUUGCACAGGUUCUUGAAAACGUUAUUUAUAAUGAAAUCAACUAAAACUAUUUUUGCUAUAAGUUCUAUAAGGUGCAUAAAACCCUUAAAUUCAUCUAGUAGCUGUUCCCCUGAACAGGUUUAUUUUAGUAAAAAACAAAAACAAAACAAAACAAAAAAAAACACAAAAAAAUCAAAGAUUUUUAUCAAAUAUAAUGAUGCAAAAAAGAAAAAAAAAAGAGAGAGAGAAAGAAAACUUCAAUUUUCUGGGUAUGCACAAAGACCACGAAGACUUAUCCAAGUGCAUGACCGGAUUUUUGCGGUUUUGUUCAUUUUGUGUUUAAUGUGUCUUUUUUUUCAGCUGUAUGAAAUGGGCUUUCUGAAGUUGCCAUUGUCUGACUUCUCCAUGGUGUUUGUGCUUGCCGUGAGAGUGUCGCUUGAAGCCGGAGUUGCCACCCUCUAUGUCUUUUCGUAGCUUUCCAUUUUUCUUUCCACGUAGUGUGAAGUGUCUUAUCCUUUUCUAUGAAUUCCAAUUUGCCUUAACUCUUUUGAUGCUGUAGCUGUUUCAGUAAAGUUAGUUCAAACUAAUGAUGUAGAAUGCUUUGACCAAAUGGGCUGGUCUAGUACGCCUUGUAAACAGCAGCGUAGGGGCUUUUCAAAGGUAGUCAAUAAAAGUUGCUGAAAUUUUGGCUUUUUUAAAAUACGUAGUAGGUGUUUUUAAUGAUUUUUUCACAUAACGUGUAAGGUUAGUGAAGUGCAAGAAGGGAGAAUUGUUUUGUGUGAAACACAUUUUCUGACUGGGGGACUUUUAAUAGGGUAAAUCGUUUGUAAGGCCGUACACCGACAGUUUCCUCUGUUAGUUUGACCAAUUUAGGAGAUCUGCUGUAUGAUGCAAUGUAAAGUCUUUUUUGCCUUUUUUCAGGAAAAAAACAAAAAACAAAAACAAGAAACUUAAUGAUGUUCUAGAUUUAGUGUAGGUAGCUUUGGGGCUGGGGGGGGGGGGGGGGGAGGGGAGUCACCGAAUGUUUCGUCCUUUAUACUAACGAUAGUGCUUUAGAAUGAGAACCAUGCCUGUGAUCUGGCAAACUGAGGGGGGGAAAUGUCGCUGUUGAAACUAAAUGGUAAAAGCUAAAAGUAAGGAUUUCUCUUUAAACCUGAGCUGAGAUAUGAACAGAAGAAAAACGAUUGGCUACUAGCUCGCUCUCUCUCUCUGUCUCUCUCGCUUGCUCACUUGCUCGCUCUCUCUUAGGUCAAUUUGAAAAAAACUAAAAAUGACUUUGGCACUUUUCAAGGUAACUUCACCAAAGACCGAAGAGCCAGUAGCCAGUAACUCCACCUUGUCUCAGCAUCCCAUUUUCUCUGCUCUUUAUUUUUGCCGGACCAGUUUGCGGUUAGGAGAAUGUGCCUUUUUUGUACCUUUGCAUUAGGUUUUAUAAUUUUAACUGAUGUAUGGACUCACAGAGACAAAUUAAAAAAAAAAAAAAAAAAAAAAAA